AUGCAAAAUUUCAAGUUUCAAGAUUUCACUCUGAAAUGUUUCAAAAACUAUUGGCUUUCUUGACUGUGGUUGUUUUUGUUUCGGCGGCUGGAAACAGCUGCAAAAUCGGUAAGGUAAUCAACAAGCCCGUUAUUGAUGGUACCCCUGUUUAUUGGCCAGCUUCAUGGAACGAAACCCAGCCUGCUCCUCAGCUGGAAAAGGAGCAAUCAUGCAGUUGGUAUGUGACAAUUCCACGUGGAUACUAUGCAAAACUGAUAAUCAGUGGAAAGACAACUGACAAGGAUUCACGAUUCCAAACUGUAGACUCUGCAGGAAAUCUUAUUCAAACUACCCACGAAAAAAUGGUACCUUAUUACUUCCCGGCUUCGAAAUUCACCCUUGCUGUUUCCAAUGAAGGAUCUGCUACGUUUGCAUUCAAAGUUGUCUGGUGGCCACUUCCAACAGAAAAAUAUGUUGAUAUUGUUGCAUCUAUUGGGCAGGUUAUUAAUGUCACAGAAACAGUUGUUGCUAUGGAAUACGCUGCACCAGGAGGAAUCACUUUAUUGACAUUUCCAGAAGAUUUGAAAAACUAUAACUCAUUGAGAAGCACACUUAUAUAUGAUGGAAGCAGCUUGACCUCUGCAACCUAUGUUUCAAAUCUAUUCCUUCUCAACCAGUCAAAGAAGCAAUGGACAUCUAGUCAAGACGGUAUUGUCGUAGUGAACGUCGAAGCCAGUCGUUCCAUGAAUAAACUUCUUAUUCAAGGAUCCGUGUAUUUGGCUGGAAUCGAUGAGAUAGUGGAACUCCACCCGCAACCUAACUCGAUCUAUAAUGGAACUGUGAACGCGGGAGCACAUAUGUCUUCACUUGUUGCAGUAUCUGAUCUCGAAUUGCAAAUGAUCGAUGUUCAGAUGAAAGAUGACUCCACUGUCUCAGUUUACUAUGGAUCUCCAGACGCAUUCACUCUCGAUAAAACUUACACAGGAGCAGAGCUGAAAAAAGCACUUCCACUGCCAUUUGGCGGAUAUUUUGUGCAGUUUGUGGUCAGCAGUGGCAAGGCUGUAUUCACGUUUAAAAGUUGAUUUACUGUUUUUAAAUAAAAAUUUGAACAUUUGAUGCAUA